CUAUCAAGAGAAUCAUGCACAUCCAGAACACAAGAGAUAGAUGCACGCAUAUGCACGUGACCACGCGCCGAACAUCUAUGAUCCUAGGACGUACACCAACACCUUGCAAGCCAUGCACGCAAGCUUGCGUGGGAUAUGAAGGAAGCUAGCAGGUACAGUUGCGACAAUGGAGGGGAUUAAUUAGGAGCCAGCCAGCCAAGCCAGCAGGGUAGUAGUGUAGUAGCAGCAGCAAUACGUCCUCCUAGCAGUAGCAGAAGCAGCUACUUCUGUUCCAAAAUAAAUUUAUUUCUUACCUAUCUUAUACUCUCUUCGUCUCAAAAUAAAUAGUCUUCUAUUUUAAAAUUUUAAACUAGAGGGUUGUAAUUAUUUUGAGACGGAGGAUGUACAAAACUAGUAUACUCCUAUUUACCAAAUCUCAAUGUGAUUAUUUGUCACUUUAUUUACUCUUAAAGUAUUUAUCGUCUGUUAUUUCAUAAACUUCAAUACAACGAUUACUUAAAAAAAAUAAAUUUAUUUUGAAACAAAUAGGAAUGAACUUAUUUUUAUUAGGACACAAAAGAGUACGUACUACUAGCAGCAGCUAGCUAGCAGAUGGCAACAGAUUUGAUGACGGCUAUGUAUGUAUGUAUGCAUGUAGCGUAUGCAAGUGAGUAGCUGCACUGCAUGCCGCCGCUGCUGCCAUCUCACGGCCGGAUGGUGGUGGCGUUAUGGCGCGCAGCAGCAGCAGAGUGAUCGGAGCUAGUAAUGCAAUGCAGUGCAAGGGCGGCUUAAAUGGGGGAGGAGGUGGCCGGAGAGAUUUGAGAGAGGGAGAGACUAGCAGCCACAGUAUUUAAGUUCACUACUUGUCACCCUUUAAUGCCCAGACUGCCCUCCACUCUUUUAAUGAGGCGUUGGAUGAAGGCCAUUUAAGAAACCCCCCUCUCCUCUCUGCUCAUCCUCCUCCCUCUUUACUGCACCACGCUCUCACCCUCAUGACAUCAACAACAACCCCCUAUAAAAUUCGAGUUCCCGGCUGCCAUCUUGCAGUUGUAGAACAAGAAUAGAAGCAGCAGCAGCAACAGCAAUCGCAGUAAGAGCAGUAUAUGUAUAUUACUAUAUAUAUAAGUUAUAGCAGACAGCAGCAGUAGAAACUAGAAAACUUGGAAGAGAGUAGACGAUCGAAGAGAUCAGAAUUGCUUACAGGAUCGGCCGGUCGAUGGAGGUGCAGCCGGAGCUCUCCCUGGGGCCGACGUUGCUGGGCUUCGGCGUCGGUGCCGGCGCCGGCAAGAGCUCGUCGUCGUCGGAGUCGGACGGCAGCAGCGACGACGGCAGCAGGAAGAGGAGGAAGCACUUCGCCUGGGAGGAGGCCGUGUCCCACGCGAGCCUGGACCUCCACCUCAACGACCCCCUCCCCAUGGACUGGGAGCAGUGCCUUGACCUACACUCUGGGAGGAUGUACUACCUGAACAGGAAGACCAUGAGGAAGAGCUGGGUGAGGCCCAUGGAGGAGCACGGCGGCAGCAACACUCUGGACCUGGAGCUCAACAUCUCCACGAUCCCGUCCACCUUCCACGUCGGAGCCGGCAAGGCGAGCUCUGGCGGCGCCGCUGCCAUCGCGGAGGACGAUGCGAGGAUCGCCGGCGGCGGUGGCGGCGUAGGCUCGUUGGGACCAAUGGUGGCCGUCCCGUGCGUCAACUGCCACCUCCUCGUCAUGCUCUGCAAGUCCUCGCCGGCGUGCCCCAACUGCAAGUUCGUGCAGCCGUCGGUGCCGGCGCCGGCCAUGCCGCGGACGCCGCCGCGUCGCCGGCUGGAGGCCACCGUCAAGCCGCUGGAGACGCUCAGCCUUCUGCACUAAAGCAAAUUAAGAAAGAUGACAGUAGAAAAUGCGGGGGAGAGAGUGACAGACAGCAAGUGAAAGCAGCUACAAAUGUGUUAAUUACUACUCAGCAGUAGUGAUGAUAGAUGAGCUAGAUUAUGGGUGGGGUGUGCUGUGUGUGUGGAUCAAUUUACUGUAUGAGUGCUGCACAUGCUACAUUGCUUCAAUGCAAAUGAGGCGAUCAAGUAGUAAAUGGGAUUAAUUAAGCGUA